UUUAAAAGGUUUGUCCAGCACGUUGUUUGGUGGGACGGAAGUUGGGAUAAGAGUACACCUAGCUGCUGCUGAUGUGCUUUUCAAAACAAUUCAUUGGAGUCGACUGCAAAGCUGAACAUUUGAUGGAAGUGCUCGUUAUGCAUUCAGACGGGUCUUAGGCUCUUUAUAACAGACUGCCGUCUCUCUAAGAACAAAGGCUCAUUGAGUCUUACCGGCAACGGCUAACAUCUGAAUACAUGGAAAUCUCAGACUAACUGAAACCAAUUAAUGCUGUCACCAUGCCGUCUUACGAAGAAUGGAGAAAAACCAUUCACUUCUAUUAUUUCGUUAAAUUCUCUCUAAAUGUCUAUUCAAUGCUGUUCUCGUUGCUUGGUCUGUGCGUGCUCUGUAUUGGAGUGUAUGCAGAAGUGGAGAGGCAGAAGAAUCGCACCCUGGAGGGGGUGUUUUUGGCUCCUGCUGUGGUCCUCAUACUGCUGGGUCUCGUCAUGUUCACUGUGUCUGUGAUGGGUAUGGUGGGAUCCCUCAGGGAUAACAAGACUCUGCUGCACAUGUUCCUGUGUGUGCUGUGUGUUCUGCUGGCUCUCCAGGCUAUUGCCCUCAUCAUUGCCCUGAUCUUUGAAAAGACGACAAUCAAAUUGUUUCAGAAUAGUAUACGAGAAGGAAUCAAGCACUACUAUGAUGACCUGGACUUCAAAAACAUAUUGGACUACGUGCAAGAGAAGUUUUCUUGUUGUGGAGGAGAUGAGUACAAGGAUUGGGAAGUAAACCAGUACCACUUCUGCAAUGGCACGAGUCCUUUGGCCUGCGGUGUUCCCUACACCUGCUGCAUCCGUCAAAGUGUCGGAGAAGUUGUGAACACACUCUGCGGCUACAAAACUCUCAACCAGCAGCGUGAAACUUUAGAUGGCAUAAUUCAUGUGCGUGGCUGUAUCCAUGCUGUGAACCUGUGGAUGGGGGACAACAUUGGAGCUACUAUUGGAAUUUGCUGUGCGGUUGGACUACCACAGCUUCUUGGUAUUCUCUUGAGCUGUGUCUUCUGGAAUCUUUUGGUGGAGAUGAGUGAAUCUGAAGACAUGGUGGACUUUAAGAUCCUGAAACGUGCCGGUUUCAAGUACAGAGAACUGGACCUCUCGGGUGCUGGAUGGUGUAUGUGUCUACCUCGUGACGGAGGCUACCUGCCUGUUCCUGUAGCAGAGCCUGACAGCUGGGCUCCAGACCCCAUCCCUUUUUACCUGGAACAAGAACAGCCCAAAAUAUCCUUUUCACAUUCACACCUUAAGAGCCAAAUAUCAAAAUCAGGUAUGGGAAUGGAUGAAGUGGACAAUCGAGCUUAAGAACCACAAAGAAAAAGAGGCUGCAUCUUAUUUUUUUUUAUUUGAUUUGUAUAUAAAAAAGUACACACUGUGUGUUAAGAUAAAGUGAGUUAGUUGCACUAAAUGUUUUUAGGCAUGAAAAAAGGAGAGGUUUGUAUAAAACAUUUCAUAAUAGAUGGAAUCAAGUUAGGAGAUUUCCACCCGCUUGUAUUUAUCAAACUUUUAAGAACAGUUUACACAGUCAAUUGUUUUUCACCAUUUUAGUUCAUUCUGUGUUUUAUGGGAUUAAGUUGUUUUAUUAGUCAUUUUGUUGUAUAUAUUAUUGUAGUUCAUAAGGUACAUAGAGAGGACUCUAUGAAUUAAUUGUUGGCAAUCAAUUAAAUUUUUUUUUUUUAUGAUUUUAAUGCAAAAUUAAGGCGUAUAUUACGAUGACUUCAGGGAAAUCGCUAGCUUUGGAAUUCGUUAAAGAUUAUCAAUGUUUUGACUGGCAUUCAUCUCUACUAGAUGCAUUGUUUCUAAAAACUUUUAUAUGCACAAUUUAAUUGUUUUUACAUUACGCUAUUGUCAUGAGCCCAAAUUUCCAAGAAAAAAGGAACAUUUGGGAUUAGUAUGGAUCUGCUUUAUCUUUUAAAAAGCAUGAGGUUUGUGUAAUGCUGACAUUUUUAAUGGUAAUAAGUACCAAUGAAAUUAUUAUUUAUUAAAGUGUUGCCUUAAGUACAACAGAAGCUUUUUCCCUGAGUACCUCAGGCUAUUCUACAAUAGCCACAUUAAUUUGCAGGUAGGAUUUUUUUAAAUGAAGGGAGACCUGGUACCACUACUUGAAGUUUUAUUUGUCUUUAAGUAAUGUUCAUAAUGAACUUUUAGCUGUUGAAAACCUCUGUUUUAAAUGUGUAGUUCAAGUUUCAUCUUUUUUACUGUUUAGGAAGAUAAAAAAAAAAAAACUUUUAGCAUGAAUGUUGUCAUAAUUACAACUGUCUUCCAUUAACGUAUAAAACCUGCCUUUUAGUUGCCAGUAGCCUUUUUGAAAUACCUCACAAUCGCACCUCUUUGCUAAUAGACCUUUUCAGGAUGAUGCUAAAGAUGGACUGCUGCGCUCCAGCUAAUGUAGCUCUGGUUUUGUAGUAACAUUAAUGUGACUUUCAAUAAAAUUUGCUUGAAUUAAU